CCGCGCGAAUCCAACUGAGUUGCUGUUUCGUGCUUGUGUCUCGACGGAUCUUUGCGCGAAGGAUCUUACGCACUGUCCCUUGUGUUGGUUGUGUGGUGGAAAGUCGGUCAAUCGGUAGCACAAAGACUGGACCGUCGCAAUCGAAACCACGAUGGCCAGCAGCGACGUGCUGAUCAUAAACUUAAGAAAAAGUUUUUUACCUCACUGCUAGAGAGGGGCGCCGUGCCCCUCGCACUUACUGGCGUGUGCGUGCGUGUUCCUGUGUUCUUUAUGUUUUGUUUUUCAAACCGUUGAGUCCGUGUUGCAGGAUAAUUUCCACCAUCCUUUCGUGUGUACUGCAAGUCGUCGGUACGUUUUCGUCCGUUUGGUUACAAAUUAAUUUUAACCCGUCAGUAAUCGCAAGCGGAUAGCUUUCACCGUUCGAUGUUUCCUGCGUUUCACAACAUCAACAUCUAUCGGCUUGAUAACGCACGGCACCACAGGUUGCUGACCCGUUCAUGGUGCAAUCGUGGUAGCCACCAGCCACGACAUAGUGGAGGCUUGUGUUAUGUAAUCGCAGAGGGCAUGUUCGGGCACCGCAACAUCACCACUACGCGCCCUACUGAGAAACCUCGUUCGCCAUCCUAGUGCAAUUUAAAAUCUUCCACCGCUUACUGUGUAACAACCUGUGCCAGGAAGACGGCAACAAAUGCACUGAGACGGUAAAGCUGAAAGAGGAGGAGGCGUUCACCCUUUCCGGUACGCAGGGCCCCAACGAAGCGUCUGGAUUGUCUGGGUUUAUGUUGCGCCGUGCCCGACUUUGCAUAUCAGCUAGCCGCUCCGAACGGCUUGUCCUUGUCUGGGCCCGGGGUAAAAUGUGGAAUUUAAAAGCGCAGUAAGAAGCAACACAGCCGAAGUUCGACAGCCUCGUUGAUGACGUGCACGCAGCAGGAAAUUCAAAUUUAGCACUGCCAUCGGAAGGUUGCAACUCCGGAUUCGGUGGGAAAAACGAAAUGUGAUCGAAGUGAAUUCGGUGGGAAAAACGAAAUGUGAUCUCCCCCAACAAAAAGCCGUCGUUUCCAAUUGGCGAAACAACUCGCUCUUUAUCGAUUUUCAUCGUGGCCCAACGGCACCCGUCCCGAGUGCUGGUGUUCAAAUUCGACUGACCUCAUCGAAUGCGAUUCUACAAGCCACUACGAGACUGUCAUAAAACCCCAAAACGACCAUCAACGACUGGAGCCCACGGUUGAAGGAGUAGCCGCAGCAGCAGCAUUGCCAACGGACACGGGUAGCCCCACCGACCCCAGCACCAUGCAGCAAACGGCAGCGACGGGCCGGACGGAGAUGCGGCCGGUCAAGUAUCACUACGCCGAUUCCUUCUGGUGUACCUACCUCGUGUCGGUGUUUGCGGCCAGCAUCGCCGAAACGGUCACCUACCCACUCGAUUUAACCAAAACGCGCCUCCAGAUACAGGGCGAAGCCGCGGUGGCGGCCGCAAAUGGAACCGGUGGCGCCGUAAAGAACCUCAAGUAUCGUGGAAUGCUGGCAACAGCAAACGGUAUCAUCCGCGAAGAGGGCGCCUUGAAGCUUUGGCAAGGCAUUACGCCAGCCCUCUACCGGCAUCUCGUGUACAGUGGCGUCCGCAUUGUAACGUACGACGGGUUGCGAAAGAAGCUGCGCAACGGUAAUGAAUCCUUCGCCCUGUGGCAAGCGGCCCUGGCCGGUGUCGCGGCGGGCUCGCUGGCACAGUGGCUCGCCUCGCCCGCCGAUCUGGUGAAGGUGCACGUACAGAUGGAAGGCAAACGGCGGCUGCUCGGGUUGGAACCGCGAGUGCACAGUGCGGCGCACGCGUUCCGCGAGAUCAUCGCCCGCGGCGGCAUCUUCGGUCUGUGGAAGGGUAGCGUACCGAACGUGCAGCGCGCUGCCCUCGUCAACCUGGGCGAUCUGACCACCUACGAUACGGUGAAGCACUUUAUCAUGCACAAAACCGGCCUUCCCGACUGCCAUGUGGUGCACAUCAUGUCGUCGAUCUGUGCCGGGCUCGUGGCCGCCACAAUGGGUACCCCGGCGGACGUCGUCAAGACGCGGGUGAUGAAUCAACCGACCGAUGCCAGUGGCAGAGGUUUGCUGUACAAGGGUUCGAUCGACUGUCUUCAGCAGACCAUCGGCAAGGAAGGAUUCUUCGCACUCUACAAAGGAUUCCUGCCCGUUUGGAUUCGCAUGGCCCCGUGGUCGCUUACGUUUUGGCUCUCGUUCGAGCAGAUCCGUGCCUAUCUCGGGGCGAGUGAAUAUUAAAUGACACAAGUUUUGCACAAACCCGCAUAAUAGUGUGACGACUCAUCGCAGGGGUAUCGCCUGUGCCAUCGCCAAUUGUUUUCAUUACGGGCUGCUGUACCGUUUUACUCAUCAAACAUAUCUGUUUCGGAUGCCGUGAUUCUUUGAGCGAAGGAAGCAAUUAACCAAACGUCGGUCACUCAGAGAGCUGCUGUUGAUUUCCGUACCAUUUGUGGUCGAAGCUGUGAUUUAGAGUAGAUUGUAGAGUAGUCAAAUAGUAGGGAAACUGGCGUGCAGAGCUUGCGUAACAUCGCGAUCAGUUCUCGAGCAACCAGUCGGUGAAAAUUUAUUUCGCAGAUUAAUGGUGUUAUAUUGUUCAGUCACUUACCCCCUAAAUAGUAAAACGUUCAACCAGGAAGGAACCAGUGUUCGAAGGUAAUGUGCGAGUAACUCGUUUCCUAUAUAACAAUUAAGAAGAGCUCAGGAACACACGCAUCACUACUGGCAUGUUGUGAAAGGGGUGUCCAUCUCCUCUCGUUCAGUCUUUCAUUCCAUAUCGCCACACUCCUCUAUCACCCAACCCGAAUCGUGUGCGCCUUGAUAUCGAGCGUGUCGAGUAACUAAAGCUCGCUCCAUAAUAUCCCUCAACCAACGACGACAAUACUGAACCUUUUGUAUGUUACGCCAUAACGUCUAGAGUCCCAACGAACGAAGUCUGUAAGACAUGCAAACAACCAGCUGGGAAGGUUUUUGUUUUUGGGCAACGUGUCUGUACGAACCAACAGAGGGUUGCCUAUCGACGGGAAUGGUGGAAACUCUCGAAAUCUAAACUGUAAAUAGGUAGGAUAGUGGAAAAAAGGUACAAUAAUAACAAUACUACAAGCUACGUAGCGCCGGUUUAAUAGCCUGGGUAGUUCAGUACCGACCAGUGUUGGUACGAAGACUUAGCGUAUAAUAACUAAUUCCUGAACCGCGAUAUUGUUGUAGUCCCGUUUUUUCGUAGAUCUUUGUGCUUAGAAAUGUGAUUCUAAGAUAAAAUAAAAAGAAACAACCAUCGAAA